UUUGUUUUGCUCGACAGCUCUUUCCAUUCUUAUUUGUUUUCAAGCUAAUCUUUUCAAUAAAUAAAUAACAUGGGAGGCUGUGCGAGCGUACCUAAGGAAUCUGACAUCGUUGAAGUACCAACCGAAAAUGUUGUGGUUGAAUCCAAGGAUGUCACGACUGAGGCAGAUACCACAUUAACUCAGGAGAAGAAGGAAGAGUCUAGUGAAGAGGCGAAGGAGGAAGGUGAGACAAAAGAGGACUCCUCUGAGGCAACCAAGGCCGAGCCAACUCCAGAAGCUGAGAAGGCUGAUGAGAAAGCUCCUUCUGAGACUGAGACACCAGCACAAGAGACUGCACCUGCCAAAACCGAUGAGGCGCCUCUUGUGAUUCUUUGAUUUUUCAUUUUCAAAAUAUCAAGAUCAUGUGUGUGUGUGUCCAAGUGUUCUUCACCCUUAUAUUCCUAUGUUCAUCUCUGUUGUAUUGUCAGUUCCAUUAAAAAUAUUCUUAAGAGUUUCUUUCCA